CGAGUGCAGAAGCAGAAGCAGAAGACGAUGCUGGAGUUGUAUCACAUGUCCACCUGUCCCUCCUGCCGAAGUGUCCGCCUCCUGGCAAAGGACAUCGGCGCGGAGUUCCAGCUCAAGGAAAUUGUGACCUUCAAGGGCGAACAUCUCACCCCCGAGUAUCUCAAGGUAGGACCAAUUCACAUCUAUUUCGAACAGGAACACCCAAAUCUUACAGUUAACAUCAAUCCGCAACACACGAUACCGACCCUGGCCGAAGGGGAUUGCCGAGCCAUCUUGCGUUACUUGAUCGGGAAAUUCGGCCCGGAUUCCCAAUUGUAUCCGAAGGAUCUGAAGGCCCGAGCCAUGGUCGACCAUCGGUUGGACUUCGAUAUCGGGACCCUCAGGUCCCGAUUCGGUCAGCUGAUGACGCCGGUGCUGUACAAGGGGGCGAAGUCCAUGGACCCCGAGAAAAAGAAGUCAUUCGAAGAGGCCCUGCAGUGGUUGGACUCCUUCAUCGAGUCCUCGGGAGGAUGCUGCGCGGCGGAUCACCUUACCAUCGCCGAUUAUCCCAUCUUCACCUUGCUAGACAACGUGAAGGUCCCGAGUCAAUGGAAUACUCCUGCUACUCUUCGAGUCGAACUAAUUGAUACUCUUGCCAUGGAGGUGGUGGACCUGUCGGCUUUCGAGAACAUCGUGAAAUGGAUGAAGAAAUGCAGGGCGGAGAUGAAGGGAUACGAGGAGAUCGAGGAGAAGCUCCUGCCGGAGAUCAAGGAACGAUUCCUCUCCAAACUCGGCUGA